CUUCCCUUUGAAAGCUCUAUCAGCCUUGCUCAAUCAACCGAGGUUCGAUUCUUGAUCCUUGCAUAUUUCCAACUAUUUUUGCUAUCCCUUUUCUCCUUUCCUUUCUUUCUUCUGAUCCACCUCCUGGAUCGUUAUCAAUUUCUAACCUAAGCUCCUCUCUCCUCUCUCCUCUCACCUCCGCCCCCUCUCCUCAAAUCAAACUCCACAACGAGCCACCAAAUUCCGAUCUUCCCACCACCAUUCAUGUGCCGUUCGUCACAGACUCAACCAGGUGGUGGCGGUGCUGCGUUCCAGCUGAAUCGUUUCUUCGAGGCCGGAUUUUUUUCCUGUCGCAACACCUAGACGCAACUUGUUCAUCGAAAAACCCUAAUUCCUCCGAGUUCAUCUUCAUCAACAUCGAUGCGAUCCUGAAUUUUCAGCAAAUUCUCUCUCCUCCUCUGCCAUGGCUGCCUUAUGCAGGCUCAUUCCCUUACGCUUCCGUGUUUUCUCUCGGACUUACAGUACCUUUACCCUUGAAGGAAUUGGAGGGAGUUUGCGGCAUUUCAGUGACCAGAAAGUGCUGAAGAUCGAGGACGAGGUGAUCGAGGAUGAGGUCAAGAAAAUUCGGCGUGAAUUAGAUGCUGCCAAGGAGAGUUUCCUUAGAAUUCCACAUGCUCUUAAGUCUAUGCCUAAGAUGAAUCUUGAGGAUUUUGACUUGACUUGCAUAGUCGUUGAUCCGUCUGCAAUAUUAGCUGCAAUUGUAACAGCUCUGAAGUCUGAUCAAAGUCCAACUUACAGUCAAAUUACUUGGAUGUCAUUUACUGAUUUGAGAAAUACAUGGAGUGAUUUCCCAAGGCAGUACACAGAGGAAUACGAGCAAUGUAUCGAGACUAUUCUAUCAGCGAAUAAAGGAAGAUUUUUCAAGAGUGCAGGAGAUAUCGUAGAAGUAAGAUUUGCUCAGACCGUAAUGGUUGUAACCUGCGAAUGGGCAUGGUGGCUGAGGCAACAUAUCUGCAUAAGAGAGUCCAUGUUCUAUCAAUGGUCCAAUCAAUGGAUAGCAUUGUGAGGUUGAAGAAGAAGAAAGGAAGCUUGAAGCUAAAGAAACAGAGAAGCAGUGCUCGAAAGUGAACACUGAACUGAAAGAAUAGGAGAUUAAAUCCAACCGUUUUAAAGAGUUGGAGGAGAGGUACUGGAAUGAGUUCAAUAGCUUCCGGUUUCAACUAAUAUCACAUAAGGUUAACCAGCAUGAGGACGAAGAUAAUAGGCGUGUCUUCUUUCAUGGAGAUCUCAACCAACAUCUUUAAAAACGGGAGAUUACCGCCUUAUAACUCGAUUGAUGCAGUGAGGUUUAAAGAGGAGAUAAAAAGGUGUGCGAGAGGUGUUAUGAGAUAUGCAGACUAUUGUAGUAGCUCUUGUGAUCUACAUAAGGAUGGUGGUUUGGUGAAUGUUUUUUCAACUCAAAAUAUGGAAAUCUUUGUGUAAUUGAAUUUUUUUCGCUCAGCGCCUUUUCCCGAGGU